AGACGUUAUAUACUGGAGCCUGCUCACCCUGGUCAGCCUAGCUGUCUGACUUACCAGUCAACAUGAAGGUUCUCAUUAUUCUGGGGCUUGUUCUCCUUUCUGUCGUGGUCCACGGCAAGGUCUUCGAAAGGUGUGAGUUGGCCAGAACUCUGAAAAGGCUUGGAAUGGAUGGCUACAGGGGAAUCAGCCUAGCAAACUGGAUGUGUUUGGCCAAAUGGGAAAGUGAUUAUAAUACACGUGCUACAAACUACAAUCCUGGAGACCAAAGCACUGAUUAUGGGAUAUUUCAGAUCAAUAGCCGCUAUUGGUGUAAUAACGGCAGAACCCCAGGAGCAGUUAAUGCCUGUCAUAUAUCCUGCAAUGCUUUGCUGCAAGAUGACAUCACUGAAGCUGUGGCCUGUGCAAAGAGGGUUGUCCGUGAUCCACAAGGCAUUAGAGCAUGGGUGGCAUGGAAAGCUCACUGUCAAAACAGAGAUGUCAGUCAGUAUGUUCAAGGUUGUGGAGUAUAACUGCAGAAUUUUCCUUCUUCAGCUCAUUUUUGUCUCUUUCCCACAUUAAGGGAGUAGUAAUUAAGUGAAAGGUCACACUACCAUUAUUUCCCCUUCAAACAAAUAAUAAUCUUACAGAAGCAGGAGCAAAAUAUGGCCUUUCUUCUAAGAGACGUAAUGUUCACUAAUGUGGUUAUUAUUUUAUAUUAAGACUACAGCAUUUUUCAGUUUGCAAGCAGAGCUUAUACUGGUGAAAAUGUAUCUAAAACCUUGGUUGUCAAACACAUCUCCAGUACAUUGUUUUUAUCAAGAAAUAACCCAGACUUAAUCUCAAGUGAUACAAGUAUACUCAGUGUUAAGUAAAAUAUAACAAAAGGUUAUCUUAAAUUAAUCUUAGGCAAAAUACCAGCUGUAUAGGCAUCUGUUCAGUCAUCUCCAAAAACAGUAAAAAUAACCACUUUUUGUUGGGCAAUAUGAAAUUUUUAAAGGGGUAGGUGGAAUACCAAAUGCUAGAAACAGAAUGCAUGAAUUGAGAAUUUUGUUUUCAUAAAGUGUGUUCCUUUCUAAAUUUCUGUCCCUUAAUUUGAUUAAUUUCAUUCAUGUAUUAUGAUUAAAUCUGAGGCAGGUGAGCUUACAAGUAUUGAAAUAGUUACUAAUUAAUCACAAAUGUGAAAUUAUGCAUGAUGUAAAAAAUACAAACAUUCUCAUUAAAGGCUUUGCAACACA